AUGGAAAUCAAAUCCACCCCCACCGACGCAAAUGCUAAACAUUCGCCAUAUUGUAUGAAAGUAAAAAAUUUCGGCUGUAUAGAAUUAUUUGAAGGCGGGCAACACCGGCAGCACGCCGCCAUGAUGGUAAUGGCGAUGCUUGGCUUCUAUUUUGAAGUUUCCCGCCAUGAUAGAGACAAAUAUAUUAGAGUGCACAACCGACAUAUCCGACCAGAUAAACUCCAUCAUUUCGAGAAGAUCCGUUCAGACGCGACACUACCAUUGCCAUACGACUAUAUGAGCGCGAUGCACCCCGCUUGGCAGUUUUGGAGGAGAAUUGGCAAAAAAGGCAUAUCUUCGGUUGCGACAUACAAAGAUCAGGACCCAGAUGGCUCUGUGAUGAAAUCUUUAGGACAAAAUCGCGAGCUUCUCUCAAACAUAGAUAUCAAGAAGAUAAACAGCGUGUACGGGGUCAGAUGCUUUCAGAACCAACGACGUGUGGAUUUAAAUUACGAUUCAGUA